AUCAAUAAUUUUUAAUCAAUAAAAAAGUGUGUUUUAUUCUGUGUACAUUUGUAUAAAAAUCAGUGAAAAUGUCGGAAACAGUUGAGGAGACAUUCGAAGGAGAAAUCCGUCGAAAAGUUGUUCGAAAAACAUUUAAAAUAUCAGAGACUUCAUCAAGUACAACAACAACUACGAUGACUACACCUGCAAAACUUUAUGGCAAGGAUCUUAGCGAAUACGAUGAAGUUGAUGUUGAAGAAUUAUUAUCACAAUUAUCACCAGAAGAAAUUAAUAUAUUAGCCAAAGAAGUGGAUCCUGAUGAUUCAUUCUUGCCACCCUCACAAAGAACGAGCUAUGAAUGUGAUAAAAAUCCUACAGGGCCAUUAAACAGAAAAAAAUUAAUUGAACAUAUUAAUAAACAAGCAUUAGAAACGCCAGAUAAGCCUGAAUUAAAACCAUACGUUCCUGGAACCAUUAGAGGUAAAAAGUGGAUUCCUCCACCACCUCCACAAAGAGAAUUAGAUGCGGAAGAACAAAUUGCAAUUGAUAUGGGAGAUGAAUAUGAUACAGCACUGUCGGAUGCAACACAAGAAGAAAUUAUUGAUUUAGCUGCUAUUCUUGGAUUCCACUCUAUGAUGAAUCAAGACCAAUAUCAUGCUUCACUUUUAAACAAAGGACAACCUGUAGGCUUAGGUUGGGAUGGUAUUACAAAAGCAUCAACUCAAAAAAUAUUCCCACAAGAUCCACCAAAUAAGACAGACGUCGACCAAACAAUCAAACAAGUUAAGGACGAUGAUCAUAAAUUAAUUGAUCUAAAUUGGAAUAAUAUUAAGAAUAUUUCUGAUGAGAAAUUUGAAGAAUUAUUUAAUGCACUGCCAUCAAACACGCACUUGGAAACAUUAUCGUUGACAAAUGUUGGACUCACAGAUCGUUGUGCACUCAAACUCGCCGAAGCUUUAGAACAUAAUAACACAAUACGAGUUGUAAAUGUAGAAACUAAUUUUAUUAGCCCACCAGUUAUAGUUAAACUAAUUAAAGCUUUAUUAAAAACCAAAUCAGUUGAAGAAUUCCGAGCCUCAAAUCAACGGUCGCAAGUAUUGGGCAAUAAAAUUGAAAUGGAAAUAACACAACUUGUUGAACAAAAUCCUACCUUACUUCGGCUGGGGCUACACCUUGAAUACAAUGAUGCCCGCCACAGAGUUGCGUCACAUUUACAACGUAAUAUUGAUACCAUACGGAAAGACUUAGAACUGCGACUACAGUUCAGAUUCUUUAACAAUCUACACAGGAAAACCCCAUUGAUAAAGUAAAAGACCGCUUACGUCGAAUGGGCCGCUUAUCUCGUAAUUAUAUUAUUUGUUGAGAAAGAAACACAAGAAAAGGGCGAACUUCAUGAUUUCUCAUCGCGAAAAUUUAUCAGCAGUGGAUGGAAUUAUGAUGGCGUCAGUAGCUUGCAUUACGUAUUUCGUGUUUUCACAAAUUGUGCUUUUAUUACACUACGGACUAAGAUUUAUAAAUGUCCAUAAUAUAUUAGGCAUACAAAAUAAAGCUUCUAUCAUUUUAACUUUAAGUAAUAAUUUUAAGUUUCUAAAGGACAAAAUGUUAAAAAAAAUAAACAUGUUAAUACAAUUUGUCUCCUUUGCAACAAAUUGUAUUGAUAGUUCAAAAGUGUUCUUAACAAAAUCUCUUUUUAAAAACAAAUCAAAUUAAUGUUAAUAUAUUUUAUUUUUAUUAGUUUCUAAGGAUAGUCUUUUAGUCUACGAACAAAGAAAAAAAGGAUCAACAAAAUCUUUUUUUCUAUGCUUUUUAAUUGAAGAUUUUUUCUAUCAACACUCACUAUCUCCAAAUAAAAAAAUCCACUGAACUGUUUUUCUAGAUACAAAACCAAAAUAAAUUAUUACGUUGUGUGGGUUAGCUUAUUAUAUUUGGAGGGUGUGGAGAAAGGGGUCGAUUUUGAUUUAUUUUUCUGUUCAAAGAAAAAAAAUUAAUAUUUAUUGCACAUAAUUUAUAAAAAUGCACGAUACCUAAGCAAAAUACUGAAUCGUUUUUUCUUAAAUUCGAUUUAUUUUAU